AUUUAGGUUGCUUUCCACAAUUUGUACCUGAUAACAUAAUCAAUUCAUUAAGUUAUGCCAUUACUAAUUCAUAUUAUGUUUCUGAUACUAGAAUAUUUCCUGAUAUAAGGAUCACAUGUCAUGGUAUUAUUACUAACUGGAUAGUUAUUGCUCCUACACAAGUUAUGCCAGUAAUUAAAAUAAGACAUUCAAAUAAUCUCACUACUACAGCAGCAACAUUGAACACUAGUGCUAGUAAUGCUGUUAACCUAGGUCAAUAUUUAUAUAACUUUACCAUGAGCAAUGAGAUAACAGUACAACCUGGUGAUAUACUGAUGAUUGAAAGUAAUGCUACAAAUUAUAUGUUCUAUCAACAAUACAAUGGACCACACAAUUACAGACUGGGGGACAACAAUGAGUUAAUUGCAUUAGGUAACAAUGACUAUCCACCCAUCUCAGUUGUAGUAGAGCCUUUCACAAAUACAGCUACUUCAACAAUCAGUAGUACACAUAUUAAUACUGUCACUACUGUGCUUUCAUCAUCAAGCAUAUACUCCACAGCUACUGUAACAAUGGAAUCAAUGGAAUAUACUGAAACUAAUUCAAUAUCAAGUAACAGUUUAUCAUUGACUAUAGGUACUACAUCAGUGAUGAGUACACCAGUUAGUACAUUACAAAGUACAGACAGUAAUACACUAAUAAUAUCAGGAAGUAUUAGUACAGCAGUAUUUAUAUUACUGGUAGUUACUAUACUAGUAAUAUUAAUAGUGAGUGUAUUAGUGUGUAGGAGAAUAUUGUACAAAACAUCAAAUAGAAGUGAUACUUUCAGUUCUGAUGAAAUGAAAACUAAUUUAGAUCAACAAUCAUAUGUACCAAUUAUGGAUGAAGAACAGAUUAUAUUAUCAGCAUCUACUAAUCCUGCUUAUGGAGUAACUCCGGGACAAGAAAAAGGCAAUACUGAGGUAUCUGCUAAUCCUGCUUAUGGUACAAGCAUUGGAGGAGAAAUAAAAAGUAUUGAUGUAGUAUAUGAUGAACCAGUAUCAAUAAUGCACAAUGAUCAAGAGUACAUGACAAUAGAUGAGACACAUGAACAAAUCAAAGAAGAAGAACUGUACAUCUAACAGGAACAAUAAUAAUAAUCUUUUUAAAUAUAAAAAUUG